AUGGACGACGAGUCUGAUGUCGACGCGCGGCUCCAGCAAACGCUUCUCAAGCAGCACGAGAACUAUGCGCGGCAGAAGGAGCUCCUCCAAAAGCUCAAACGCCAAUCGUCGGACGCCACGUCACUGCGUCUUAGCGCGAUCCGACCGCCGACGCCGACACCCGCACCGGUGGACGAGCCACCGCGCCUGGCGCAAACGUUGGCCGAGAGCCACCACGAGGCGCUCAACGACAACUUGCGCAAGCAGCUCGAGCUCAUUCGUCGUCUUGAGCACGACAAUAGCCGCCUUCGCGCCGAAGCCGCGUCGCUCCGCAGCCAGGUCGCGCUUCUCGACGAGCGAGCCAAGGUCAAGGACCUCGACUCGGCACGGCGCGCCAAUGAGUUUGAACACGCAUCCGAGCUAGCAUCUUCGCUUCAGCGCGAGCGCGACGACCUCGCCCAGCGCAACACGCAGCUCAAAGGCUUGCUGACCAAGGCGGCCCGUGUCAAAGAGAGCUUGGAAGCUGAGCUCCGAUCGUCGUUGGAAGCCCAGCGCGCGCUCCACGAACAAGUCCAUAAGCUCGAAUACGACGUGCAACAAGCGGUUUUGCGCGAACAGAGCAGUCAGCACCAGAGCCAGACGGCCGAGUCGCACCAGAUCCGGCUCCAUGCUGCGAUUCAGACGCUGCAGGACGAGCUCGCGCACGCGCAAACGUCGCUGGCACACAAGACGGAGCAGUGCACGUCGAUCCAAGCCUCGGCGAACGCGUGCGUGGCACAAGUCGAGGCGAGUCUCCAAGCCGCGCAAGAGUCACUGGCAAAAGAGCAGGAGAAGCGGCGGCAGUGGGAGAGCGCUUGCCACACCGUCGAAGACCAGCUCGAAACCCUGACGGCACGGGACCACACGCAAAAGGUUGCCCUUGAGACGCUGCGCGAGCUCCGCGAGCGCAAUGCGAUGCUGGAAGAAAAGGUCCCGUACUACCACCAGCUCGAGCUCGACAACAAGGACAUGCACGGCAGGCUCCUCCAUGCGCAGCGCGAUCGGGAGGAGCAGGAGCGCAACAUGGUGCAGCUCAAGCAAGGCAUUUGGCAAACCACCAACGUGCUCAAAAAAGAGAUCGAAGCCAUGCGGCUGUACCUUCUCUCGAUUGAAAACGACGCCGAUGGCCUCGGUGUCGACGACGUGGACGUGGCGGUCGCGUCGUGGCACGAAUGUCCGUCGGAAAUUCAGCACUUGCGGACGAUGCUGAGCCACUUCAAGCACGACCUCGUGCAUGUGUCCAAGCAGCUGAUUGCUGGUCGAGAGAACGAGCGCGCCUUGAGUGACCAAUGCAGCGCCCUCUCGCAGAAGCUCGGCGCAUGUAAAGCCGACAUGAAGGACCUGAGCCGCGAAGUCGAGCGGCAGAAAGAGGCGUGCGCAGUCGCUGAGUCGGCGCGCGACCUCUCGAUUCGCGAGAAGCGCGAUCUCUUGCUCUGGAGCCGCGCCACGUGCCAGAAGACCGAGCGCAUGGCCAGCGAGGUCGAGCAGUGGGAACAAUUCACGCUGCAGCAGAUCCACCGCAUGCAGCGACUGCCGUGGCAGGACGCGUCGUCAACGACGCCGACGCUCGAUCUGCAAUACAAGACGUACGCCGACUUGCGCCAGAGCUGGGAGGCCAGCCUACAGACCUUGCUCCAAGAAGCCCACCAGUGCCAUGUCAAGGCGAACCAAGAGACCCAUCGCGCCAACAAGGAAGUCAAGAAGAAGCUCGAGGCGGUCCGAAAGCUCGACUUGACCGAGACCGAGAUGCAGCGCAAGCUCCACGAGAAGGACGUCGAGAUGCAAGCGUGCCAGCUUCGCCACACCAACAGCAUGCAGUCGCUUCAAGAGCAGCAUGCGUGCCUCUUGCGCGAGAACGACGGUCAAAUCACCGCGCUCACGCGGCAGUUUACCGAAGCCACCGAACGCUGGACGCACGCCGAAGCGUCGCGCCACCACCUCGAACAACAGCUUUCGCAACUCGAAGCCGACGCGCCCGUGUACCUCAGCAUCGCGCACCUCUUUAUCGUGAGCGUGCGUCCCAUGGUCCUUCAGAUCGCCGAGCUUCAAAUGCAGAAGCGGAUUUUGUCCCACCACAUGCGUCUUCUCGAGAACCAGCACAAGGAGAUCGAAGCGAUCGCGUCGCUCUUCCAGUCGACGACACCCGUGCGGUCGCUCUUAGUGCGCUUCCGAGCCGCGGCGCUGGCCGUCUUUGCGUGCAACCGGUUUCGACAAACGGCUUCGCACUCGUACGGUCGCAACGAAGCGCUCGGGAUGGUCUUUCCGCAGCAAAUUGGCGUCGUCAAGCUUCUCGCGCUACCAAGCGAGACGCAGCUUCGGGCAGGUGUGAAGCGACUACACGCCAACACUGCGUUUGCAGACAAGGUGGCCACGCUCAGUCAGUGCGGCUUGACCAAGCGAUACCAGCACCACACGUCGUACGGCCAGUCGCCGGUCGGUGAGGCGCUGCUCGAAGCCAUGCACACGCUGGACCCGAGCGGCGUCCAAGUCGUGCAGAACGUUCUCCAAGGCCACGCGAGCUUUCUGUGCGAUUUACGCCCGGUGCGGCAUGCGGCGACACACACCGUAGCGAUUGACGUGCAUCGCAUUCGGCGCGAAGUCCUAGAGUGGAUGAAGAAGGUCGAGCAGCUCCAGUUCCAGCGCAACGCACUCCAAAAAGAGAACUACGCGCUUCAAAACGCCGUGCAGGACAAGGAGUAUCAACUCAAGGAGCUCGAAGUGCUCAACGCCAACACGGCCGAGCUCAAACAAAAGCUCGCCAUGUACCAGACGCACGAUGGACACAGUAUCACGGUGCGUGAAUUCGAGCUCUGUGUCCAAGAGUGCAAGCAAGCCGAGCACCAAGUGACGUUGCUCGAGUCGACAAUUGCCGAGUCCAAGCUUGUCAUAAAGGACCUCGAGGCGCAGCUCAACGCAACGACCGACCGGAGCAAGACGCUCGAAGAGCAACUCAACAACGCACGCCAUGCGCUUCUCGAAGAGGAAGACACGGUGCUCAAUCUCAAAAGCGUCAUUGCGCGCUACGAGAAGGAGCUCAAGAAGCUCCAAGUGGCAGCGCAGAGUGUCCACACGCAAUUCCAGCAACGCUGCUCCGAAGCCGAAGUCGACAAGGUCGAGCUCAACGCACUCGCUGCCAUGCUCCACGAGACGCAGCGCAAGAACGAGUCGCUCGAAGCCGAGCUCAAGGUCAUCCAACACGACCUUUUGGACGCCAAAGACUCGCCACGCGAGGCGAUGCACCAUCGAGACCACCACAGUGCUUCGUACCUGCUCGUGCCACCCGUGCCGCACGCCGAGUACAAGCCGCGCCGGUCGUUCCACUCGAGUGCCGCGUCGUCGAUUUCGGACUCGGCCCCGCGGCAGCAUUCCCGCGUGCUCGAGAAGAUGCACAUGACCGACUUGGAGGAUGACGUCAAGGUGUCGAUGGACCUCGAAAAGGUCAACCUCGCGGUGCACAGCUACAUGGAGCGCAUCGACAAGAAGCUCCAGUCCAUGUACGGUAUUCCAGAAAGCGGCAAGUGGCGCGACUAUAAACUUCAGGACGCCUAG